CGCCGAUCUGUCCGCUCGGAGCCCGUGAGCUCCGGAACCGGAAGUUUUCCCGGGAUCUUCCCGACUUGGAGCCCAGCUGUCGCCUCGGGAAUAGAAGAGAUGUACAAUGGCAGGAAUAGAUGACGUGCCGUGCUGAAAGUGUUUACUGAUGCAAGAGUGGUGGAGUUCCAUUGGAUCGCAGUGAUUAUUUGAAAGAUUCAGCUGUAAAUGCAUCACAAACAGGCCUCCCAGGAUGAGGAAAGCAAACAGGAGUGCAGGCUCCGUCCCCAAAGUACCUGCCACAAAUAAACCACAAGGCACCGAAAGGGCAAAAUCCGAGAGCAACGCACCUACUUCAUCCAAGUUAACUCGCCCAGGAUCUUCUUUAUCAAAGGCUAAGAGUAACGAUGAUCUCCUGUCUGGAAUGGCCGGUGUACCACCCACAACCAACAGUGUAAAGGUAAAGAAAAGCAGUGCUGCAACAAACCCGAGUGCUGGGGCAACAAUGAGUGGAACAGAUGGAAAGCCCAAAAGCAGUGCAGGUAGUAACUCCAUUAGUAAAAGAAGUGCCUCAUCUGGGGCGAAGGAAGCAGGAUCUUCUCGAGAAAGAGUCAGAGACAGAUCUCGUCUGAAUGCUAGCAAAAAACCACAAGGAUCUGGUGUUAACACAGGGGAAGUGACUGCCUCAACCAAACGAUCUCGAGCUCGUGCGGAGUCAGAUGUCCUUCGUAUGAGCAAAUCCAAAUCAGAUAACCAGAUCAAUGAUCGUGUUGCUCUUGAAUCCAAGGUGAAGGACCUGCUUAGUCUGGCCAAAAAUAAAGAUGCUGAGAUUUUGCUUCUUCGUACUGAACUAAGGGACAUCAAAGCACAGCUUGGUCAUGACAUCAUUGACAAGAGUCCCGAGGAUCCUCCAGUAAUGCAGUUACAAGAGCAGAAUGCUGUAGUGCGGGAAGAACUGCAGCAGUUGAAAAGUGAGAACAGAAUGCUUAAGGAUCGGCUAAAUGCAUUGGGCUUUUCCUUGGGUCAACAAGGUGAUGUUACAGAGAAGCUUUACUGUUACCAAUCCAUGGAUAUGGCUGCUGGCAGCCACAGUGACUGUGGAGGAGGCACAUUGGCUUCAUCAGUGGAGGGUUCUGCUCCUGGAUCUAUGGAGGACCUCUUAAGCCAGGAUGAAAGCACCCUGACUGGUGAAAGGAGGAGUAGUUCUAUGGAUAAUUUAGAUAGUGAAUGCAGUGAGGUUUACCAGCCACUCACCUCUAGUGAUGAUGCUUUGGAUGCCCCAUCUUCUUCCUCUGAAUCAGAAGGCCUGCCAAGCACUGAACGAUCACGCAAAGGUAGCAGUGGCAAUGUGAGUGAGGUGUCAGUGGCUUGUCUAACAGAGCGAAUUCACCAAAUGGAGGAAAAUCAACAUAGCACAGCUGAGGAGCUGCAAGCUACUCUUCAGGAGCUGGCUGACUUGCAGCAGAUUACACAGGAGCUAAAUAGUGAAAAUGAAAGGCUGGGUGAAGAGAAGGUCAUCUUGAUGGACUCUCUUUGCCAGCAGAGUGACAAGUUGGAACUGUUCAGCCGCCAGUUGGAGUAUGCACGAGCACUUCUCGAUGAGCACCAUGUGCAGUACUCCUUGGAUGAGGACCUCAAAAGUAGCCGUUACUUAGAGCUUGAGCAGAGAUACAUGGAAUUAGUAGACAGUAGUCGCUUUGAGCGAGAGCAGUUGUUGGGUGUCCAGCAACACCUGAGCAACACUCUUAAGAUGGCAGAGCAAGAUAACAAGGACGCUCAAGAUGUGAUUCGAGCACUUAAGGAGCGGAACCACCACAUGGAGCGCAUUGCUGAAGCUGAGCAACUUGCAAAGCAGGCAUUGGCAGUCACUCUAGACGAGUAUAAAGCAUCCCUCAAUGCCGAACAGGCUGAAUGUACACGUCUUAAGUCCCAGUUAGAGCAAGAGAAGCAACGAGUUGCAGAACUAUACUCUAUUCACAGCUCUGAUGAUGCAACUCACAUCCAGAACCUACUGGAAAGUGUGCGUUCUGAUAAAGAUAAAGCAGAAACUCUGGCAGGGAACUUGCAGGAGGAGUUGCUGCAUAUACAGACUGAUCUCAGACGUAUGCAAGACGCAUUUGAUAAGCUGGAAGAUGAAUAUAGAGCAUUCCGUGAAGAAGCACAAAAACAGGUGGCAGAACUAACCAUGGCACUUGAUAAGGUGAGGACUGAAUUGGAAGAAAAGGAGACAGAACGAAGUGACAUGAAGGAGACCAUUUUUGAACUGGAAGAUGAAGUAGAGCAACACAGGGCUGUGAAACUACAUGACAACCUCAUCAUAUCAGAUCUGGAGAAUACUGUAAAAAAGCUGCAGGAUCAGAAACAUGACAUGGAGCGUGAAAUAAAAAUACUGAACCGGAAGCUGAGGGAAGAAUCUGCAGAAUGGCGCCAGUUCCAGGCUGAUUUGCAAACUGCUGUUGUAAUUGCAAAUGACAUCAAGUCUGAAGCACAGGAAGAAAUUGGAGAACUUAAACGGCGGCUGCAAGAAGCACUGGAAAAGAAUGAAAAGCUUAACAAGGAACUGGAGAAUGCUGCAUCUCGCAAACAGGAGGAGGAGCGUGGUCGUGUCUAUAAUUACAUGAAUGCUGUGGAGAGAGAUCUUGCUGCUUUGAGACAAGGAAUGGGUCUUAGUCGCAGGUCUUCUACCUCUUCUGAGCCCACACCCACUGUCAAGACUCUUAUCAAAUCCUUCGAUAAUGCAUCCUCUCCAGCAGCAGUGGCAGCAGCUACAGCAACAACCACCAUUCCCCGCACACCUCUGAGCCCCAGCCCUCUGAAGACACCGCCUGCUGCCGCUGUGUCCCCAAUGCAGAGACAUUCCAUUAGUGGACCUAUAUCUUCUACUAAAUCAUUGCCAGGUUUGUCAGAAAAGAGACCAAGUUAUGCUGAAAUACCCGUACAAGAGCAUUUGUUAAGAACUACAGCUGGCAGCAGAACAGCAGCAGCUUUACCUCGGGUUCCAGCCAUAGACAGCACAAAAUCCAUCUCUGUGUCACGCCGUAGCAGCGAGGAACUGAAACGUGACAUCACUGUUCCAGAUGGGAGUUCUGCUUCUCCUUUGAUGUCAAUGACUUCACCCUCAUCACAACUAUCCCUCACCUCUUCCUCCCCUACCGCGUCUGUCACACCAACUGCACGGAAUCGAAUUAGGGAGGAAAGAAAAGACCCCUUGGCAGCCCUUGCAAGAGAGUAUGGUGGCUCCAAGAGGAAUGCUUUGCUAAAGUGGUGUCAGAAGAAGACUGAGGGAUACCUGAAUAUCGACAUCACAAACUUCAGUAGCAGCUGGAACGAUGGUCUGGCCUUUUGUGCUUUGCUGCACACAUAUCUUCCUGCCCACAUUCCAUACCAGGAACUGAGCAAUCAGGACAAGAGGAGAAAUUUUACAUUGGCCUUUCAAGCAGCUGAAAGUGUAGGCAUCAAGUCUACCCUGGACAUUAAUGAGAUGGUACGAACCGAGCGACCGGAUUGGCAGUGUCUCAUGACAUAUGUUACAUCAAUUUACAAAUACUUUGAAACCUGA